AUGACAGACGAGAGAUAUAAAACAUGUUACAGAAGGUUGAAGAUAGAAGUAGAUAAUGAAAUUUGGGAACAGAGACAUGGAUUUUACACGACAGGCGUGUCAUUUGAUACUGUGCCUACAAUGUUUAUAGAUUCAGUUUAUGAUAGAGAUGAUUGUGAAUUUAAUGGUAUUAAAUUCCCAUUUCCAACAGAUUCUAAUAGUCAUACGAUGUUAACAGCAACAGAUAUGAAUAUUUUAUCAACGAUGAAUAGCGAUGGAGAACCAUUCUUUAAAGAUCAUGGAUUUAGUACCCAUAGAGAUCCUUAUCAUGGUAUAUAUUUUGAAGAUAUAUUUGUUAGAACCCCAGCUGGGAAAAUUGUUAGAAGAGAUUAUCCAAGUCAUAGAUCAAUUGAUAAUGAUGCACUGUUGGUUAAUAGAUUACAUCAUUCGUAUUAUCAAUUAUGUGAUAAAAAUAAACAACAACUGCUUAAAAGAAUAAAUAAUUCCUCAUCAAAAUAUUACUUAUAUCCUGACUUACUUUCUUUAGAAAAUUAUAUCGAUAUGGACAUGACUGCGACGAACAAAUCAUCUAUAGAUCAACCCAUACCAGACCCAAAUAAAACGGAGAAACAUUUACAAUAUAGUAAAAAUAGACGUAAAAAACAUGUAUUAUCCAUAAAAUAUAGCAAUAUACCGAUGCAAAGAACUUUACUAUGUCAUAUCGACGGAAGAAGACACACUUGGGUAGCGUUAGAUUAUAUGCUCACGACUUUGUCACAACCAAUGGAUCAUUUAGUCAUUGUCACAAAUUUGCCCGCCAUUAGACAAAAUGAACCGUUAUAUAAAAGGAAACAAACUACCAAAAAUAUGGAUCAAUGGGCCCCUGGGUAUUUACGUCAAGAUAUAGACAAUACUAUUAACAAUUUACAAGAUUAUAUUACGUUAUUAAUCCCUCCUACAAAACCUGUCAAAAUUACAAUUGAGGUUGCUACAGGUAAAACGUUAUCUGUAUUAAAAGAUGCCAUUAAUGUAUACCAUCCUGAUAUGAUUAUAAGAGCAACACUUAAACAUGAAAGGACUAAAUCGUUGGUAGGAUGGAAGACAUAUAAUUUGAAUGACACUUUGGCAGGACGUUAUCCUGUUCCAGUAUGUCUUAUUCCGGCGAAAAGGAUGUCACAAUUUGAAUUACAGUUACAACAUCAUUUCCAUCCAACAGAAGAACAGUACAAAAAGAAACCAUUUGAAAUGUUGAUCUCGAAAGGUGUCUUUGAUUCAAAUGAUUCAUCAAUGGACUCAUUAAUAAAAACUUGUUCGAAACUGGAAGUAUCAAAUAAAAAUUAUAAUGUGACGGAUGAUACCAUCACUUCUAAAACUGGUCACAUCGAGGAGGAAAAUGAUGAUUUCGCAAUAUCAAGUGCAGACUCGAAAUCAAUAAAUACUAGCGAAUUGGAAAGCACUGAAAUAAAUUACAAUUCUUCCUUUAACAACCUUCUCAAUUUAGUAAGACAUCAUAAAGCUCAGCUCUUUUUGAAACUUCAAACAAUUGAUAAUGACGCUAAUAUCGGCCGAUUAGAUAAAAAACUACUGGAAUUAGAUUCAAUUGUAGAUAAAUCUACACGGUUGGCUAUAGAUCUAGAUAAUUCAUUUACGGAGGAUUAUGACAGUAAUAUAGAAAGUUUGAAAAAAGUUAUCACUGGUGGACGUGAUAUAACAAAGACAAAAUCAAUGACUGAAGAAUAUAGUGGUUCUGGUCGUCGUCAUUCUCACCCUCAGCCCAAAGGCGACAAAUUACAUUUCUCAACCUCAACAAAAACUACGGAUGGUUCUCAUGGGUUAGGUAACCAUAAAACUCGUUCGGUGUUGGACUCUAAGAAAAUCAAGAGAUUAUCAUUACCAGAAGAAACUCUUAGGAAAACGCACAGUACUGAUGGAUUAAGAAAACAAAAAUCUAAUGAAUCAUCUAGAAGUCAUCGUUCUACUAGAUCUAGUGGAUCUUUUAGUUCCACAAAAGGAACAAAACAAAAAUCUAGCGGAUUCUUUUCUUUCAUGAAAUCUUCAUCUUCAGGUACUGGUAACUCUGAGGGUGAUAGACGCUCUUCUAAUGAAAGUCAAAAUAAUGGAAACACAGAAGUUAGUACUAAAAAAAAGUAUAAAAUGUUUGGUUUCAGUAAGUUCUAA